CAUCCCUCAUCAGGCCGCUGUGACCCCGUGACCCCAGGGCUAGGGUUACCUGUCAGUUGAUUGUCUAUUCACCAGGCGGCCUGGCCUCACCGCUGUGUCAACAACAUUUGCUCCUGUGAAAGCAGCGGAAGGAGGAGGAAAGGAUGUCCAGCGAUCCUGAAAAUGAAAGAUGCAAGAGCCACCACGUCGAUGAGAAGCAGUCGAGGAUCUCCAUUCUAACUGAAUGGAUUGGUAUGGGGAGAAGCGGACCUCAAACCUCGGCUAAGCGGCAGCUUUGGAACUGUAUCACGUUGACCAUGGUGUUCCUCUCGCUGCUGUCCCGACCAGCUCACUGCCAGCAGUGUCGGAUCCAGCGCUGCAACGCAGACUACGUGGCCUCCACGUCGCCCUCUGGUGGCCUGCAGGAGGAGAUGCCCCCAGAUGUGGAUUACUGUAUCGCCCUGCGGGCCUACGCCCAGUGUACCCGGAGGCAGGCCCGCGGUUGCCGGGGUAACCUCGUGUACCACUCCGCGGUGUUCCGCAUCAAGGAGCUCUUCUCCCAACACAACUGCUCCAGCGACGGGCCCACCUCCCCGGCCAAAGCCCCCAGCACGGCCAAGCCCGCCGUCUCGGAGCGCUGCGACUACGAGAGCCGUGCCCUGGGGUCGGGCUCCGGCGGCCAGCAGAAGAAAUACGCCCACUGUGGAUUAUUCGGGGACCCUCACUUGCGGACGUUCCGGGAUGAGUUUCAGACCUGCAAGGUGGAGGGGGCGUGGCCUCUGAUUGACAACCACUACCUGUCGGUACAGGUGACCAACGUCCCCGUCGUCCUGGGGUCCAGCGCCACGGCAACCAGCAAGAUCACCGUGAUCUUCAAGUCCUACCAGGGCUGCACGGAGCAGAAAGUGUACCAGGCCACCACGGAGGACCUCCCGUCCGCCUUCCAGGACGGCACGCGCAGCGGCGGCGGCGGCGGCGAGAGCGGCAGCCUGGUCAUCGUGGAGCGCGGCGGCACGGGCCGGCAGGUGAAGAUCCAGGCGCGCUACAUCGGCACGUCCAUCAUCGUGCGACGCGUGGGCCGCUACCUGACCUUCGCCAUCCGCAUGCCCGAGGACCUGCUGGACUACUCUGAGCGCGACGACGGCGGCCUGCAGCUCUGCCUGCACGGCUGCCCGCGCAACGAGCUCAUCAAGGAGCACUCGCUGGGCCGGCCGGGGCAGCACCCCCGGGUGCCGGUGCCGGGCCCGGGGCUCGGCCCGCCGCACCAGAGCUACACGGUGGAGCGCGCCACGGCCCGGUGCCGCGAGACCCUGCAGGUGGAGGACGUGUACUUCCAGUCGUGCGUGUUCGACCUGCUGACCACGGGGGACCCCGAGUUCUCCCUGGCGGCGUUCGGGGCCCUGGAGGACCUGAAGGCGCUGCCGCCCAGCCGGCUGAGGCAGAACUCGCCCAGGACUCCGCGGCUGAAGAGCGGGGGGGCGUGGCCGGGGCCGCCGUCGGCCACCCGGCCCUCCCUGCUCUCCGCACUCCUGGUGCUCCUCGCUAUCCUGCUCUGGUAGAGGAGGAGGAGGAGGAGGAGGAGGAGGAGGACGGCAGGAGCGCCGGGAGAGACGUAAACAAGACGGAAAACAAACGAUCCUGAGGAAAAGAGGAAACGGGAGUGGGGGGCGACGCCAGCUUGGGGAACGAGUGUCAUGAAUCUCUAACGUGGUGUUCAUAUCAUUUCAAGUACGUUUUUUUUUUUUUUUUUUUUUUUUUCAGUUGCUGUGAUUUUGAAGGAUUUAGCACUCGCCGAAAAAAACGCCAUUCCAUUCAACUUUUUGUUGUUGCGUGCGUUUGCGUGUGUAUUCAAACACGUGUCACUUCAUUUUGAGUAGGAGCUUGAAUAUUAACGGUGAUGUGGCGUUGUGUUUGUGUGGGUUCGGUUCCCUAAAAAGUUCAGUCGCUCGGUGUAGGGGGUCGAGGGCGGAAGGAAGCGAAGGAGAAAAUGUGAACUGUCUGUCGGCGCGCUGUCCACAGGGCGGCCAAUCGGAGGGGUUCAUUUUGUAAAUAACUUUUUUUAACUGACAACACAAAACUGUGCACACGUUUCAGCAUUUCAUGUGUUAUUUGAUGAUAUUCAAGUAUUUCUUUUUGGGAUAUUGCAUCCUAAAUAAUCCAGUCAUGUAAUGCAGCACUUAUUACACUACCAUGUUCCGCUUGUAUUUUCGUCAGAAUGUUUUCCGAGAAUUAUUUUCUUUCCCAGGAUCCAACAACAAUACAUAAAUGCUACCUUUAUAAUAGAUGAUGUUUGAGUCUUUUUCAUCAAGAUUUAAUUGUGUGUGUAAGAUGCCGUUCAGUGAAACACUCCCUCUUCAAGCUGCUUAGCUUCCAGUAAAAAAAAAAAACAGAAAGCAAAAUCUCUAUAUAAUAAUAUAUUGAAUGUGUGUAUAUAUGUGUUUUAUAUUGUGUACAUUUGCCUGUGUAUAGUUUUUAACUGUAUGGUUUUACAGUUGUUUGUAUAUGUACUUAGGUUAUUUUGAGUUCUUGUAAGAGAAAUUAAACUAAUAUGUGUUGUACCUCAUCUGUAAUUUUCUGUAAUAAAAUGGUGGAUACUCCAAACUAUG